AUGGGCCAGCGUUAUGGGCGAGCGCUGGCUGCAUUCAUGGGCAGCGCUGGCACUGGCGGCUGCAAGACCGCCCCCGAUGCCGUACCCAACCGCAUGCGAUGCGCACGCCAGGCGGUCCAAGCGCAGCUGCAACGCUGCGAGCUGCUGGUGCGUAUAGGUCAGUACGACAACGCGCGGAUGCAGCUGCGAGAGGGCGCGUUCAAGACGCUGCGGCUCGACCUGGGGUACGGCCAGGAGAUGUACCGCCUGGUGUCGCAGCAGAUGGCGCGAGACGUGGUGGAGGGCGUGGAGCGGCUGGACGGCGCCCUCAAGCGGCGCGAGCCGGCAGAGGUGGUCCAGCCCAUGAUCCAGCGGCUGCAGCAGGGCGUGAAGGACGUCUCCGUCGCCGUGGAGCGCAUCGGGGACGUGCGCUGA